AUGUCGACACAACAACAAACCAAGAAGGCCGUCCACUUCGGCGCCGGUAACAUCGGCCGUGGAUUCGUCGCCUGCUUCCUCCACAACUCCGGCUACGAAGUCGUCUUUGCCGACGUUGCCGAUGCUCUCAUCAACAAGCUUAACGAGACCCCCUUAUACCGGGUUAUUGAGGUCGGUGCCGAGGGCACCAGCGAGAACACCAUCACAAACUACCGCGCCAUCAACUCAAGAACUCACGAGGCCGACCUGAUCGAGGAGAUUGCCACCGCUGACGUUGUCACGUGUUCCGUCGGCCCGAACAUCCUGAAGUUCAUCGCCCCUGUCAUCGCCAAGGGUAUCGACAAGCGACCCAGCAACCUGGCCCCCAUUGCUGUCAUUGCCUGCGAAAACGCCAUUGGCGCAACCGACACCCUUGCUGAACACAUCAAGGAGCCGCGCAACACUGCUCCCCACCGCCUGGAGGAUUACCACACGCGCGCUCGCUUCGCCAACUCUGCCAUUGACCGCAUUGUUCCUGCACAGGAUCCCAAUGCCGGCCUGGACGUGACGCUCGAGAAGUUUUACGAGUGGGUUGUCGAGCGCACUCCCUUCGAAGAGGUUCCUAGCAUUGAGGGUAUCAACUGGGUCGAUGAGCUCGCUCCCUUCAUCGAGCGUAAGCUGUACACUGUCAACACUGGUCACGCUACUGCCGCCUACCACGGAUACAACCGCAGCAAGCGCACCGUCUACGAUGCUCUUCAGGAUAAGACUAUCAUGGCUGAGGUCCGCAAGGCACUCGAGGAGACCAGCAACUUGAUCAUUAGUAAGCACGGCAUCGACGAGAAUGCGCAACGCGAGUAUGCUGCCAAGAUUAUCCGCCGCAUUGGCAACCCCCAUUUGGAGGAUGCUGUCGAACGUGUUGGACGUGCGCCGCUCCGUAAACUCAGCCGCAAGGAACGCUUCAUCGGUCCUGCCGUUGAGCUUGCUGAGAAGGGUCAGGACUGCUCCGCGCUACUUCGCGCAGCUGAGAUGGCAUUCCGUUUCCAGGAUGUCGAGGGCGACGACGAAAGCAAGGAGCUUUCCAAACUGAUGUCUGAGAACGGUCCCGAGGAUGUUGUCGCCAAGGUUUGCGGCAUCCAGCCCUCGGAGAAGAUCCAUCCUAUGCUUGUCGAGGUCGUCCGCAAGGUCCAGGCCGACAGCGAGGAAUGA